AACAAGAGCCAAAACUCUGUAUCAAAACAUGAAAUGAAAUGAAAUGAAAUGAAAUAUCUAUAGUGAAUCUUUUUCUGUCAGUCAAAACAGACAGAUAGAAUUAACUCUUCUGAGCCUCAGCUUAGAGUAUUUUACCUGCCUGGGAGCUGGGCACAAGCCAGCAGUUAACCCCCACGUGGGCUUGGGUAGGAGGUGAGAUCAGGAAGAUCCCUGCUCCCCUACUUGUCUUGGGGGUCUACGGAGCCAGCAUUGGGGGUGGAAGGGCGAGGGGUCCUCGAUGCUGCAGCGGCGGUUCCGGCCCAUGGGGGCGCUCUCCUACCUGCAGACGGGAAAGCCGUGGCGCCCCCUUGCGUGGCUCUUCGGUCGCAGAGUCGCGUGACUUCAAUCCCCUGUUCGCGAGGCCACGAGGCUGGGUCGUCAGGGUCCGGACCCCAUUGUCGGCCUCUGCCCGUCGCCUGCUCCUCCCAGGCUCCCGCGGUCGACCCCAGCGCCAUAUGCAGCCCACAGGCCACGAGGGUUCCCGCGCGCUCAGCCGGCGGCAUGUGCGGCGUCUGCUGCUCCUGCCAUUGCUGUUGCUGCUGCGGCAGCCCGUAACCCGCGGGGAGAACACGACGGGCGCCCCCAGAGCCCUCUCCACGCUGGGCUCCCCCAGCCCCUUCACCACGCCGGGAGUCCCCAGCGCCCUCACUACGCCGGGAGUCCCCAGCGCCCUCACUACGCCAGGCCUCACUACUCCAGGCACCACCAAAACCCUGGACCUUCGGAGUCGCGCGCAGGCCCUGAUGAGGGAUUUCCCCCUCGUGGACGGCCACAAUGACCUGCCCCAGGUCCUGAGACAGCGUUACAAGAAUGUGCUUCAAGAUGUUAACUUGCGAAAUUUCAGCCACGGUCAGACCAGCCUGGACAGGCUUAGAGACGGCCUCGUGGGUGCCCAGGUACCACAGGGACACACAGGGUGCCAGAGCAUGGCUGCUGGGGAAUGUUGGGGUCACAGAAACCUGGAUCGGCUAGCCUCUGGGUGACUAAAUACAAUGGGGCAUGCAGUGUGCCAUCAUGUGGCUUCUGAGGAAAGUGGGGCCUUGGAGGCCAAGACAGGCUAGCUGCAUGGAUGCCCA